AUGGAACUCGUCUGCUCCGCCCAGCCCUCCGACUCGCCGAAAGCUCCUGCCAACUCCACCGCCGAUGCCUCUCACAGCUGGUCCAAUCACAGCCAUCGUGGCACCAGCAGCUCCCCCAUCGCACCGAAUGACGCCACCGCAAACGUCACCUGGAAACCCGUCUUUCUGGCCGUCUCCGAGGACAACCUCCUGCUCUAUCAUCACGCGCCGCUGCGGCUGGAUGAAUGGCAGCGUCCCGCGCACUCCAACGCUCUCAUUGCCACACGCGUGGUGGAUGUCCCCCCGCUGGGCAUCGCAGGCAGCCUCCGAGUACCGCCGCUCAACUCCCGACUGACCGCGCAGACCCGCCUGCUGGAUAUGCUCGUAUUCACUGUUCGUACAGGCAAGUGA